AUAAUCUAAUCUCGCGAUAUGGGCGACGCUCCGCCUUGGAGACCAGCAUGUUUACAUGGAUACAGCCAGGAGGAAACAAGCUUCAUGGAAACACACGAAGCUCCACAGUCGCUGUGGAAUCUUAUCGUCGAACACGUCCCUGAGUCAGAGCUUCCGGAGAUCCGCGGUUUCCUCGGAGAUGCGUUGAUUGACAUGUACACUGAGACGCUUGCAGAGGUGGAGGUGUGGCAGCACAUCUGGAGAGAGGUCAAGCAGGGGGGCCCCAGCAGGGCCCAGACCCCCUGCCCCGCCCUGGCAGAUCCCCCUGCCGUCAGAGAGCUGCUCAGGGCCCAGGUCCAGCUGCUGCUGCUCUCGGUCAGAGAGAGGGCUGCCAGGGAGGGACGGGAUGGAGACGCGGUCAUGUCACGGUACAAACCAGCUGUGGUGAAUUACGCUCUGGCUACCCCUAGUAACCGUAGUGAUGGCGUGGGCCCCCCCAGCAGGUCGGCACCCCGCCAGAACACACUAGUUCAAAUCAAUCUCUACUUUACUUUACCCUACCCAACUGUACUCUACUUUACCCUACCCAACUGUACUCUACUUUACCCUACCCAACUGUCCAGCUCCAGAAGCUCCCUCAGUUCCUCCUGUCAGGAGGAGAUCGAGACCAUGAGGAGCCAGCUGAACGUCUCCAGUAUAGACCAGGCGGUGUCCCAUCUUCAGGCCGUUCUGACGCAGGAGUGGGAGCUGCUCAAGACCCAUGUCCAGACUCUGCAGGAGAGAGUGGAACAGGAGCACAGAACACAAGUCAUGGCUGUGGCACCAGAACCCACGGUGACAGAGCUCCGAGAGCAGCGCAGAGUCCUCCAGAUGGACCUGGAGCGUCCCUGCCUCCUCCCCACCUGUCCCCCCUCCACCCAGGACCCCGGCCCGGCACAAAGCCACAGGUUGACAGGGAAGAGAGGACUCUAUGUAGGUGACAGGAAGACACAGUCAACUCUGACCUCCACAGUGACCUCUGGACCCAACACUCCCCCCCACAUCAGACCUCACCGUCCGCCAGCCCCUCCCAGAACGGAACCUCCUCCCAUGAGAAGAACACGGACUCAGUCCACCUCUUCAUCUUCCUCACCCUCCACCAGGAAUGUAAGCCCUCUUCAACCCUUCGAUCACCAGACUAACCCCGGCCCCGAGUCCACACGUUCUCCUCACAGGACGCCCAUCCAUCCCAGCGCCGCUGUCUGUCGAGGGGAGGUCGUCUCCUCACCCAUCACCAGUCAUCCCUGCAGCUCUCCAACCACGCCGGACCUGAGCCCUCUGCUACCAGCAAGCCUUCACAGGCUCGCGAGCAAGGGGAGAGAAACUACAGGCCCAUCAAGUUCCCUUCAGCUCGCUGAACACCAUAGAACCACUGGGCCUAUCACAGACACAGCACCCUUGUCGGACGGAGAGUCUAGCCUUUGGCACAGGAGCCCCAAACAAGACAGCGAGACGGUCUUCUCUCCGAAGGUGAGAAGGCCUCGUGCGCUGUGUUCUCCAGACUACCUCCAGACUCCCAGGCAGGCCAGUGCCACCACCCAGCCCAGCAGCAGAGGAGCAGCCGGCAGCCCUGGCAGCUGCCUCCCUCCCCUCCUCCCUUCUGGGUAUUUGGUGACCGAGUCCGCUCCCUUCCUCCCGUCUCCCCCUGCUGUUCAGAGGCCCCCCAGCAGGGGGCAGAGUGUGGCCCGACGCCUGUGUGUGCCUCAGGGGGACAGUCUGGUCAGCCCCACAUGAACUCACACACGCAGGGACGGACAGAGAGAGACACACAUGCUGACACAGGUACACGCUCAGAGAACCACACACAGACACACACACAUGCACACAAGAACACACAUGCACACACACAGGAACACUCACACACACAGAAAACCAGAUUCAGGGACACACACACAAUGAACUAGAUUCAGGGACACACGCACACAAGAAACUAGAUUCAGGGACAUGCACUCACUAAGGGACUCGCUCUGAGAACAUCCCAUCUCAACAUCCAUUGCCUGUGUACACAAGCAAGAAAUGCUCUGUGGUUCAAUAUUAUUAAUCCAGGCCAGAAAAGGGAAUACAACAACUUUAUCUGAUAGAAACUGAUAAAUGAUUUUGAAUUGUGUAAAAAAAAAAGAAAAGAUGAAUGCACUUUAUCUGAAAAUGUCUGAGAUGUAUUUACCCUGUCCAGUGUUUCUCAUUUUGUAAAACAACCAUAGUCAUAAAGGUGUAUUUAUUUUCAAACAGUCUUAACAGACUGGAUACAGAACUCCCAUCAAGGUUCAUCAUCCUACGCCAUGACACAGGAAGCACACUCAAUUGAUCUUUAAAAUAGAUUUUAUUUACCAUUUUGUAAUUGAACAGUUUACGAUAUACAGCUGACAUGACUAAGACAAUUCAAUGGAUUUUGGCCCUAACAUUUCAAGACAUGGUUAGAUAGAUAGAUAUGAUAAGAGUACCAGAAUAGGAGUUUUUAUUUCAUUUGUGCUUAUACUUUCCUUCGUGAUAUAAUUUACAUUGGCCCAAUAACAUGCCCUCUGAGGAACCCUGGACCCAACAGCAGCGCGCCAAAGCACCAACAGGCAUCAUACUUCGUUAUUA